AUGCUUUUGAAGCUCGCUUCAUUAGUAAACUGUACUCAACAACCGUUAACAUAUUCUCUUAAAUAUAAAUUACUCAAUAAUACUCAGAAAGCAUUUCUGUCAAAACGUGCUGGAUCUAUAAAACUAGACACUUAUUUAGAUCUCUUCCCUAACAUUCCAGUAUGGGCUGUGGUAGUUGGCAUAGGAAGAGAUUCUAAACAAGGCGUCUCCCUAAUAUAUGAUACUGAGAGUAAGGAUUCUUUUGUCAAGUCUUCCAAAUGUGUAUCAUGCCCCAGCUUUACCUAUGAUCCAACAAGAAGUUUGACAUACAACAAAACUAGAUCAACUUCUAAUAACUUGGGACGAUACCACAUUUACGAAUAUGGGACAGAUUUCAUUGAAAAUCUGACUAUGCCAUAUGAAUUUGGAUUGGUGGAUUCUAUUAAUAAUACAAUGGCAAUAGAUCAACAUGUUGCGGGAGUAUUCGGGCUUGGUUAUGAAAAAGAUGAUUGCAAUUCUGCAAACUGUAACUUUUAUUCAUACCUAAAGUCAAAGGAAACUAAACUUUAUCAUUCACAGCAAUGUGCUAAAAAUGUAUCUUCUUGUCAUGAAUGGCAAUUGAAUGGUGGCGUAAUUCCAUUUGGAGACAUCCAGCCUACAGUGAAAGACAUCAUGUGGUUACCAUUAAUAGAUCAAGGGGGUCUCUGGAAAAUAAAUAUUAAUGGUAUAACAUUGCUUAACACUGCAACUCAGAAAUCUAUUGAAAUGAUGAAUUUGUCUCAGCCUGCUGUUAUUAGUGUUACCAAUCCUCAAAUGGUUUUUAGUGUAGAAUUUGCAAAUGCUAUUACAAAUUCCGUAGGUGGUAAAUAUGAUCCAACAUAUGGGUAUAUUGGACCAUGUGGAUCUUUGGCUAUUAUACAGACCUACACAGGCGAAUUACCUCGUUUUCGAACAGCUCCUGCACUAGAUUCUGGUUAUUUGUAUACAAUACCUAUUCAAGAUGGCAGUUCAAAUUGUUAUGCAGGUUUUACUGACACAAAUGUAA